CCUCCCCGGGCUCGGUGCGGGGGGGCGCGCUCUUCGCGGGCUGCAACUGAUUAAAGGCUGCGUUGCUUCGUUGCUUCCUUCGCUUUCUCCGGAGACGAGGAGGGAGGGGUGCUGGGGGUUCUCCCCCGCCAUCUAUUUUGAACCUGUCCAGGUUGCGAUUUUGCAUUCUGAUUACUAUUAUUAGUUUGGGUUUUGUUUGUGUAGCAACAGCUAGACGCGGUGCCUCUCCCCCCACCCCGCACGCGCACACACACACACACACACACGCCGUUUAUUUAUUUGCAUUAUUAUUUUUCAAGCUGCUGGGGAAUCCAGAGGAUGGGACUUUCUCAUCCUCCCCCUCGCCCUGCUCCUUGGCAAGCCUUGCAGUUGCUCGCGUGGACUUUUCCUCUGGUGACAUUCGCUUCCUUCGCGGAUGAGACCUUAGAGAGAGCCUCCAAAUCCGAGGGAUAUUGCAGCCGGAUCCUGCGAGCCCAGGGCACGAGGCGGGAAGGCUACAACGAAUUCAGCCUGCGCGUGGAAGGCGAUCCGGAAUUCUACAAGCCCGGAAACAGUUACCGGGUGACACUUUCUGCUGCAACUCCAGCCUAUUUCCGUGGAUUCACACUGAUUGCUUUGAAAGAAGGCAAAGAGGGAGACAAAGAAGAAGACCAUGCGGGAACCUUUCAGAUUAUAGAUGAAGAAGAGACGCAGUUCAUGAGUAAUUGUCCUGUGGCAGUGACUGAGAGUACUCCCAGAAGAAGGACCCGCAUUCAGGUGUUUUGGACUGCCCCUCCUUUGGGCACAGGCUGUGUAAUAUUGAAAGCAAGUAUUGUGCAGAAACGCAUUAUUUAUUUUCAAGAUGAAGGGUCUCUAACCAAAAGGCUAUGCGAACAAGACUCAACCUUGGAGGGCGUGACCGAUAAGCCAAUUGUCGAUUGCUGUGCCUGUGGAACUGCAAAAUACAGGCUUACCUUCUAUGGAAACUGGUCAGAGAAAUCACACCCCAAAGAUUAUCCACGACGAGCCAACCACUGGUCUGCAAUCAUUGGCGGAUCUCAUUCAAAGCACUAUGUACUUUGGGAAUAUGGAGGAUAUGCGAGUGAGGGAGUUAAACAAGUUGCAGAGCUGGGAUCACCUGUGAAAAUGGAAGAAGAAAUUCGGCAACAGAGUGAUGAGGUUUUGACUGUCAUCAAAGCAAAAGCACAAUGGCCUGCCUGGCAACCACUAAACGUGAGAGCUGCUCCCUCUGCUGAAUUUUCUGUGGACAGAACACGCCAUCUGAUGUCUUUUCUUACCAUGCUAGGCCCCAGCCCUGACUGGAAUGUGGGCCUUUCCGCUGAAGACCUGUGUACCAAAGACUGCGGAUGGGUCCAGAAGGUCAUUCAGGAUCUGAUCCCAUGGGAUGCUGGCACUGACAGUGGAGUUACCUAUGAGUCGCCCAACAAACCAACAUUACCUCAAGAGAAGAUAAGACCUCUCACCAGCUUAGACCAUCCCCAGAGUCCUUUCUAUGACCCAGAAGGAGGCUCCAUUAAAUCAGUAGCCAGAAUUGUCAUUGAACGGAUUGCACGCAAGGGGGAACAGUGCAAUAUUGUUCCUGAUAAUGUGGAUGACAUUGUUGCUGAUCUUGCGGCUGAAGCUCCAGAAGAUGAAGAUGACACCCCAGAAACGUGCAUCUAUUCAAACUGGUCCCCAUGGUCGGCCUGUAGCUCUUCCACGUGUGAGAAGGGCAAGCGGAUGAGACAGAGAAUGCUCAAAGCUCAGCUUGAUCUCAGCGUGCCUUGUCCGGAUACUCAGGACUUUCAGCCGUGCAUGGGCCCCGGCUGUAGUGAUGAAGAUGGCUCCACGUGCAUGAUGUCUGAGUGGAUAACCUGGUCCCCCUGUAGUGUGUCCUGUGGCAUGGGGAUGCGAUCGAGGGAGAGAUACGUGAAGCAGUUCCCAGAGGAUGGCUCCAUGUGCAAAGUGCCCACGGAAGAAACGCAGAAAUGCACUGUCAACGAGGAGUGCUCCCCCAGCAGCUGCCUGGUGACGGAAUGGGGGGAGUGGGACGAGUGCAGUGCCAGCUGCGGGAUGGGGAUGAAGAAGAGGCACCGCAUGAUCAAGAUGACCCCCGCCGACGGGUCCAUGUGCAAAGCCGAGACCACGGAAGCAGAGAAAUGCAUGAUGCCCGAGUGCCAUACCAUUCCCUGUAUGCUGUCUCCCUGGUCUGAAUGGAGCGACUGCAGUGUUACAUGUGGGAAGGGGAUGAGGACCCGGCAGAGGAUGCUGAAAUCCGCAGCAGAGCUUGGGGACUGCAACGAGGAGUUGGAACAAGUGGAGAAAUGCAUGCUGCCAGAGUGCCCAAUUGACUGUGAGUUAACAGAGUGGUCUCAGUGGUCAGAAUGCAAUAAGUCUUGUGGCAAAGGUCAUAUGAUCAGGACAAGAAUGAUCAAAAUGGAACCCCAGUUUGGAGGAGCUCUAUGCCCAGAAACUGUACAACGCAAAAAAUGCCGAGUAAGGAAAUGCUUGAGAAACCCUAAUAUUGAGAAGAGGCGCUGGAAAGAGCCUCGUGAGAAAAGGAGAAGUGAACAACCCAAAGAAGAUGUGGAUGGUGAGCAAUUCCCAGGUUGUAAGAUGAAGCCAUGGACUGCUUGGUCAGAGUGCAGCAAACUGUGUGGAGGUGGAAUUCAAGACAGGUUCAUGACAGUCAAGAAGAGAUUCAAAAGCACUCAGUUUACCAGUUGCAAAGACAAGAAGGAAUUGAGAGCCUGCAAUGUUCAUCCUUGUUAGCAAAACUCGCGUCUUUCAAAUAAUGCACUCUGAGCUAAAUGUAAAAUCAACCUUGAUUUGAUUUUUUAAAAAAGAUAUAAAUUGUGUAUAUUAGUCUUCAUUUUUGCAGUGUGGUUUGCUUAUUAGACUUGCUGGUGCAAGAGAGAUAUUUUAUAAAUAUUUCCUCACAAUCACACGCUGAGAGCCUCUCCUUGAUGCUCCAGCUAGCCCUUAAUGCAUAAAACUAGUGAAAUUGUGAAAUCCUAUACCUUUGAAAUUAUAUACAUCUCUGUGUGGAAAAGACCAUAAUCAUAGAACUAUUCCCUGUAAAUACAUGGGGUGCAUGCAUAAAUGACAUUGCAAACUUAAAUGUUGACCAAGAUCCAGUUUCAAAAUACUCAAAGCAGUGCCUCUGUGAUUACACAACUGUGCCAAGGAAUUACUUCAAUAAUACUACAGGUGCAUAUUUAUCUUUUACCAUCACGGGUGUAAAAAUUGUAUUUAUAGCAAUCCUUUGACAAAUUUCCUUUUUCCUUCAUGAAAAUAUAAGGAAAACAAAAAAUAAAUCCACUUUCAAAAAGGAAAGCCAAUUCCAUAGAUGGCUAGCAGGGAUGGAAGAUCUUCUGCCUGCAGGUCACCCAUACAAAUUAGCCAGUGGGUUGCAUUUGAGAACACCUUUCAGACACUGUCGUAAAACUUUAUGCAAAGUGGUAUAGUGCAAGAAAACAUACCCACUUUAGAGGUUUCUGGUGGAUUUCAGAAGCUUCAGGGAAAACCAUUGGCUUCAAAGAGUUACAUAAAUGUUGGAUCCAGAUUUAGUUAUACUUAGAGUUGAUUCACUGAAAUCAACAUAAGUUAGUCAUGACUAACUCAAGUUCCAUUGAUUUCAGCAGAUCUACUCUAGCUUGGACUAAAUCUGAUUCCAAAGCAAUAUAAAUGCCACAACAGCAGGGGUGAGCUUGCCCAGUUCCAGAAAAUCAAUCCAUUUUUCUGCCUAGAAGGAAUAACAUUGGCAGAUUUUUCCAAGUCAGAAGUUAUAUUUGCAUCUUCUAGACCCAAUGCUUCCAUUUCAGUUCUCCAUCUCCUGGUAGAGAUAGUCAGUUGCUCCCUGAUUUGGCUCCCACAGCAUCCAUCCUAUUUUCGGUUCUCAUUUUCCUCUCAGAUUUCAAGCUAAGCCUUCCAUCUUAGCAAUUAUAGCUAUAAUAUUUGCAGAAAAUAGCCAUCUUGUAGGAACAGACAUGGUGGUGCUUUGUAUUAAAUAAGAUAAAAAAAUGCCAUGGUUAUUUGACAACAGAUAGAAAUGCAAAAGGUCGUAGCACCAUUGAAAAGAGUAUGGAGUUAAAUUGUAGAUCCUUAAAAGAUACUUACAGAUGGAGAUAAAAGCCCCUGAAUUCCUGUUUUCAAAUGUGUCCCUGACCUUGUUGUAUGUUGUUACAGAAAAGAAUCCUUGAUUUCAUCCUGUAUUAUCUCUCUUAGAAAACCCUUAGUCAAUAGCUGCAAGAGAAGCAAUCUGGGUCAUGGGUGAGAAAGUGGGCUCAAUUUUUAACUGGAGGGCAAGAAGGAUAAUGCACUUCUUCAUGUAUCCAGAAAAACUUUGGGAUCAACCAGUUGUGUUCACUGGGUUCAUGAUGCAAAAACCAGAAGAAAAGUUGAAGCCACUACCCAUUUUUACGCUAAUAGCCCUGAGUAUAUUUACUUGAAUAAUUUGUUUCUACCUUGACCUGCAAAGGCUUCAGAACAAAGGAAAGAUCAUAUUAGGAGAAGGUCAUAGAAAGAUUGUAAGGCAUAAUCUACCAAAUAAGUCUCACUGAAUAAAUAGGGGCCUAGAUCACUAGCAGUGUUUUGAUGUAUUGCAGCAAAUGACCCAAGUGAUUAUAUGCUGUGCGUGCAUUUCUGCACUGGGCCUGCCAGGUGAAUGCAUGACUGAUGGGGGCCCUGUGGCGUAGUCAUGCCACAGCAGCUCACUUUCUGAAAGGGCCGUGUCUGGCUGGGCUUCAGUGGGCUCAAGAUGGAUAGAGAAGGGUUCGGAUAUCUAAAUGCAGUGCCAUGUAAAAUAGAGCCAGUUUAAAACUGUAAUCAAGCCCUUCUUCCUCAGUCUCUUCAACUGCCCAGGCCAAACAUCCUCUCCAUUGUGUGGCCCUUUCCAAAAAGUGCUGGAUAUGAUUGAAGGCUUCCAAAAACCACAAUGGUAUUGUGCCAUGCCUUGGUUUCAGAGUGGAACAAAUUUUUAGGCUGUACCAUCAACCUAUCAGAGAGGGGCCUCAAACCACUGCAGAGAAAGGACUGUUUUCCUCUUAUUUCUACAGUCCCAAAAGAGUUCUCUUUGGCACAGGCCAUUGGUUGGCAACAGUGUUGUCUCCCUUUCAGGGCUGUAGCAACAGCAGCACUCUGUCCUUGGCAUCCUGUUGUAGGAGAAAUCAUCCUUUUUAUACAAAAAGUUUUAUACUGACUGCUGACUUUACAGAACUGCCUAUGGGAACAAUCACACAAAAUCGGCUUUUCUGCCACCAGUGUUUCCAACAUCAUGUUUAAUGCACUCAAGAUGCCAUUUUGAAAGAUUCCAUGAUAGCAUACAGAUUGAAACAUUAUAUCUAAGGCACAUUCCCACACAUAUUUAGAUAGAAAAAAUGCUACAUCUCCCAGCAUUUCCUAGUCAAGGAAGUCGUAGAGCAUUAUUCUGUCCAAACAUGCAUAGCAUUGUACCUGUGGUUUCAUAUCCAUGAAACUUUUCUGAGAAUGAUUCCACUCCUAGAUGGAAUCUAGGUUCUUGAUCACAGAAAAUGUAUGUGCUCGACUAACAUCACUUUUCUGUGUAUGAUCUGAUUAGGACUAAAUGUGAUUCAAAAUCUGUUCUUUUGAACUGUCCUUGGUUCUUUCCUUAAUAUGACUGUGCUCACCAAAUUAAAAUCUAAGGAAGCAGACUCUUUGGGGUUUAUUUGUUUUAGCUUUUUACCACAUCCUCCCAAGAUAGCACUAUAUUGCAUGUCAGAGCUCUUCUUUGGAUGUCAUUCAUUUAUCUUAGGUUUUAUCAUGUUGAAGCCAAGAUUCUCCACAGAAAAUUCCCUGUUGUCCCCAUAGAUCGGCAGCUCUUUUCCCUAAGGACUGCUGGUGAACGUGGCCUCUUCUUCCAUUUCACAUACUCGCCUUCCAAGUUCCCAUGAUCUUCCUUCUCAUGAGACACCAUCCUUCCCAACUUCAUAGCUAUUUCAGAUUGGUUUGUUGAAGGGCAUGUUCUCUCUACAUUUAUUGCAUAGCCCUGAAGGAGGGGAUUGGCAUGCAUCAUACUCAUUUCCCAUGAAAAUCUGCCACAAGCGAAAGAAGACCAGAGCUCAAGGAAGAUUCAGGAGUCCCUCAGGCUGCAAGGUGCUAGAAGGUACAGGGCAGGGAUGUCUAGAAAGAAUAAGCACACUUAGGAGUUUGCAUUUUUCUAUCCCAGGGUUUCGGAUAUUUAAGAAACAAUUAUGUUCUGCUUCAAUAAUUAUGUGUUAACGCAGUCAAAAAGCGCAUGAAAUAUGUAUGCUCUGGAAUAUUUCUAGUUGCAUUUAAGUGCAGAAAACAAACAUGUUGUGAAUUCUCUUAUCUUGUGCUUGAAUUAAAUUUUAGUAAUUGUCCAAGGAGAGUGUUGGCACCACCGAACUAAGGAAGAAUGUUUAGCCUGGUGGCAAUGGAGUUCAUCAAUCAUGUUUUGCUAUUUGCAAUAUUUGACUGACACCACAGUAUGGCUUCCAUUAAUUUCUUUAAUAUCUAACAGCAUUAUGGAUGGUUGAUUGACCUUUCAAAGGAUUGCUAUCAGAGAGCAUGAAAUAACUUGCUGAUGAAAACAAUGAAGUUGUUCCAUCCAACUCAAUCAACUUAUAACCCACUUGUCUGAGUUCACAGUGCCACAAUUAUUUUAAUUCGAUUAAUCAUCAUCAUCAUCAUAAUUGUAGUAGAAAUCUAACAAAAAAGCGAAAGGAAAGCAGAAAGGCUCCAAUCACUUUCAGUGGGUCUUUAGAUUUCAUAGAAACUUGCUCCAUUUGACUUAAUCACAUCUGAUACCAGCUAGACUGGCCCUGAAGGUUGAUUUUUCUGUUAAGCAAACAACCCCAAACAUGUUGUGGAAUACAUACAAUUAUUUUGUUCUUGCUGGAAACCUUAGUAAUGUAACAUUUGCUGCACAUUAUCAACAAAACACACUUGUUAUCUUACACAAUAAUUCAUGCCUGUUGCACACUCUGAACCAAAAGCACAGGUAUAGCUCUAGGAAUUUUAUACACUUAACAUUUAUUAACAUUCCAUGUAUUUUCUUUUUUCUUCUUCUUCUUUCUACAUAAUCUGUAGAAACUUUACAAGCAAUGAAACAGAAACGUUAGGGAGCUUCUAUGUACAGUAGGUUUUAAUAAAAGCAACUUGGUUUUUUUAAAAAACAAAAAGCACCCUUCUUUGUUUUUAGGUUUUCUUUGUUAUUUUUUGGUUCAAUAUGGAAUUUCUGAGAAAGCUGUCAUGGAUAUAUUUCUUACCAAAGUCUUGUGUAGAUGUUUUGUAUGUAGUUGUCUGGCUAACACAUUAUUAUUUUGGAAUAAAGACAUCUUUACUAUGAAAACAA